AUGCCGAGCUCCUUCCUCCCCUGCCUGGUGUCCUGGAUCAACCGCACCUUCUUCCGCCUCCUCUACAAUUCCCGCACGGAAAACGUGGCCCGGAGCCACCGGAUCUUCACCUACGAGUGCCGCUUCCGCCAGCACGUCCAGGAUUGGGCCAUUCCCAUCGGGAAGACGCGGGAGGCACUGCUGGAGCUGCGGGCGGCGCUGGACGCGGAUCCCGGGAUCGUGGCGCAUUUCCCGGUCGAGGUUCGGUUCUGCCGGGGGGACCGGAUCCCGCUGAGCCCUUGCUUCGGGCGUGACAGCUGCUACAUCAACAUCAUCAUGUACCGGCCCUACGGGAAGGACAUUCCCCAUCUCCGCUAUUGGCUGACCUAYGAGGGAAUCAUGCGCAAACACGGCGGGAGACCCCACUGGGCCAAG